ACCUUUGAGCAUAUCAUGGCGCUGGGCAAGCUGCGCCCGCCCACCCCGCCCAUGGUCAUCCUGGAGCCGUACGUCCUGUCUGAGCUCCCCCCCAUCAGCCAUGAGUAUUAUGACCCGGCGGAGUUCAUGGAGGGCGGCCCGCAGGAGGCAGACCGUAUGGACGAGCUGGAGUAUGAGGAGGUCGAGCUGUAUAAGACCAACCACCGGGACAAGCUCGGCCUGAUGGUUUGCUACCGCACGGAUGAUGAGGAGGACCUGGGCAUCUAUGUUGGAGAGGUGAACCCCAAUAGCAUUGCAGCCAAAGACGGCCGAAUCCGCGAGGGGGACCGGAUCAUCCAGAUAAAUGGUGUGGACGUCCAGAACCGGGAGGAGGCAGUGGCCAUUCUGAGCCAGGAGGAGAACACCAACAUCUCCCUGCUGGUGGCCCGACCUGAGAGCCAGCUGGCAAAGCGGUGGAAGGACAGUGACCGGGAUGACUUUCUGGAUGACUUUGGCUCUGAGCAUGAGGGGGAGCUGCGUGCACGGAAGCUGAAAUCCCCCCCUGCCCAGCAGCUUGGCAACGAAGAGGAGAAAGGGGUCCCCGAUGCGGGCACGGGCCUGAGCAAUAGCCAGGAGCUGGACAGUGGGGUGGGCCGCACUGAUGAGAGCACCCGCACCGAGGAGAGCUCCGAGCAUGACCUGCUGGGGGAUGAGCCCGCCAGUGCCGCCAACACACCCGGCGCCCUGCGCAAGAGCCGGGACCUCCACUUCAGCAUGGACUCGCUGCUGGCAGAGGGGGCAGGGCUGGGGGCUGGCGACAUCCCGGGCCUCACCGACGAGGAGUACGAGCGCUACCGGGAGCUGCUGGAGAUCAAGGGCCACCUGGAGAAUGGCAACCAGCUGGGCCUGCCCUUCCCCCGAGCCUCGGGCGGCAACAGCGCCCUGGAUGUGAACCGCAACGAGAGCCUGGGCCACGAGAUGGCCAUGCUGGAGGAGGAGCUGCGACACCUGGAGUUCAAGUGCCGCAACAUCCUGCGGGCGCAGAAGAUGCAGCAGCUGCGGGAGCGCUGCAUGAAGGCCUGGCUGCUGGAGGAGGAGAGUCUCUAUGACCUGGGGGCCAGUGAGCCCAAGAAGCACGAGCUGUCUGACAUCUCCGAGCUGCCCGAGAAGUCGGACAAGGACAGCACCAGCGCCUACAACACGGGGGAGAGCUGCCGCAGCACCCCGCUGCUCGCCGAGCCCUUGCCAGAGAGCCCCCUGAGGCGGGCUGCCGCCGGCAACUCCAACUUGAACCGGACCCCCUCCGGCUCCACGGUCACCGCGCACCCCAAGGCAGCUGCCCCGCAGGGGAGCCCCGCUAAGUUCCGAUCUCUCUCCCGGGAUCCCGAGGCGGGCAGGAGACAGCACUCCGAGGAGCGUGUCCGCCGAAGCCCCAAGACGGGCGUGACCCUGGAGCGCGUGGGCCCCGAAGGCAGCCCUUACCUCUCCCGGCGCCACCGCGGCCAGGGCCAGGAGAGCGAGCACUACCACAGCUGCGUGCAGCUGGCCCCGCCGCGCGGCCUGGAAGAGCUGGGCCGUGGCCCCCUGAGUUUGGCUGCUGGCCCUCGAGUGGGCGGGGCAGCGGUGGCCCCCGAAGCACCCCGCAUGGAGUGGAAGGUCAAGGUGCGCAGCGAUGGGACCCGCUAUGUGGCCAAGCGGCCCGUGCGUGAUCGCCUCCUCAAAGCCCGGGCCCUGAAGAUCCGCGAGGAACGCAGCGGCAUGACCACGGAUGAUGACGCGGUGAGCGAGAUGAAGAUGGGCCGCUACUGGAGCAAGGAGGAGCGGAAGCAGCACCUGAUCCGGGCCCGGGAGCAGCGGAAGCGGCGCGAGUUCAUGAUGCAGAGCCGGCUGGAGUGCCUGAGGGAGCAGCAGAACGGCGACAGCAAGGCUGAGCUCAACAUCAUUGCCUUGAGCCACCGCAAGACCAUGAAGAAGCGGAACAAGAAGAUCCUGGACAACUGGAUCACCAUCCAGGAGAUGCUGGCCCACGGCACUCGCUCUGCCGACGGCAAGCGGGUCUACAACCCUCUGCUCUCCGUCACCACUGUCUGA